GUCAUGUUCCGUAUCAACACGAUUUGAUAAUAAAACGAUUCUCAUGAUUUUGACUUGUGAAUGUUCAGUAUCAGUUUGGAGUUGAUAUAAAGUGGCUUUCUCCGUGUUAUCUUGUGCAACUAGGAGGCAGAAUGAGUCCAAUAAAACCAAAUCCUGCCAAAGCCUUGCUACGUAACGAAAUUGCCGCUAAAAUCGCCGCCUUGACGAAUGAAGAGAAAAAAAGACAAUCUCAAAUUGUUUAUGAAAAGGUAAUCAACCACUCAUGGUACAAAUCAUCAAGUCGUAUUGCUCUCUACAUGAGCACCGAAAAUGAGAUAGACACUGCUCCUCUAAUCAAACACAUCCAAGCCAGAGGGGCUGCGGCCUUCGUGCCACAGUACGCCGGAGGACGCAUGAGGAUGUUACACUUGGAGACCGGGGAUGAGCAGACCAUGCCAAAAACUAAACACGGGAUAUCUCAGCAUGGGAAAGACCAAUCCAGGGAUGAUGCUCUAGGAACAGGUGGAUUAGAUCUGAUCAUAGCUCCAGGGGUGGCAUUUUCUCGAUCCGGAGACAGGCUGGGACACGGAGGUGGCUACUACGACAAGUUCAUCACUAAUUUGAGGCUCAAUCCAGAAACAGCUCCGAAGAUUGUUGCAGUGGCUUUUAACUGCCAAGUUGUCGACAUGGUGCCGACUAACGAACAAGACCAGAAAGUGAACGAGGUUAUAUUCGCUGAAUAAAUACUGUAGCCAUACAGAAACAUGAAGAAAUCGCACCCAAAGAAUGUUCGGAGUGCCAACGAUUUUUUGUAUGACAAUCUUUAAAAA